GCGCGCGCAGUACGACAGGCGCGUUCUCGCACAAAAAUGUAACGGACAGCGACCUCUAGUCACAGACGGCUCAGUCACCUGUACUUUUUUUGGCAUAACGGUAAAGUGUAUAUGAUUUAUUUUGUGGAGCUCACCGACGUGCUCUGUUAAGAUGGUUUAAGCUUUGUGUUUGUUGGUCCACGUCUAAUGUUUUAAAUUACAUCUUGAAGGAACGCCUUACAGGAAACUGCAGAUUGUUGAUUGGUCCAUUCUGUAAACAGACAAAACACAAGUUGUAUUCAUCAGAUCAAGCUUUUUGGAGCUGUGCAUAGAUGAUGGGAAGGACGGAUCAUGCAGAACCUUUGCUAAGUGUCGGAAAUUAACUGGAAACAGGAGUAAAUCUACUGCAAGUGCCAAAAUGGCCAGUCUUGUUCUUAAUGAGACUGGGAUGGAGAACUGUGGCAUUGACGACUCCUUCAAAUACAACCUGUAUGGUGUUGUGUACAGUGUUGCAUUUGUUCUGGGACUCGCCACAAACUGCGCUUCACUGUUUGUCUUCUGCUGCCGCAUGAAGAUGCGCAACGAGACCACACUUUUCAUGACUAAUCUAGCUUUAUCAGACUUAGUGUUUGUUUUUACUUUACCUUUUAAAAUUUUUUACAAUGUGAAUCGCCAUUGGCCUUUUGGUGACACGUUGUGCAAAAUCUCUGGAGGUGCCUUCAUCACCAAUAUUUACGGUAGUAUGUUGUUCCUGACUUGCAUCAGUGUGGAUCGCUUUCUGGCUAUUGUUUAUCCUUUUCGUUCACUCUCCAUCCGUACCCGUCGCAACGCUGGUAUUGUGUGCGCCACAAUCUGGUUGCUGAUACUGGGUGGAGGCAUGUCAGUCACCUUCUUCUCUUCCACCAACCAGUCUAAAACAAGCACAACCUGCUUUGAAGGAUUCUCCAAGAAAACAUGGAAGACAUAUCUGUCCAAGAUCACCAUCUUUAUUGAAGUGAUGGGUUUUCUUAUCCCACUGCUGAUCAACUUAGCAUGCUCCUCCAUGGUGUUAAGGACCUUGCGUCAACCAGCAACUCUCUGUCAGAUUGGCACCAACAAGGAACGUGUUCUGCGCAUGAUCGUAGUGCAUUUGGCCAUUUUUAUAGUCUGCUUUGUACCUUACAAUACUGUUUUAUUUGUCUACGCAAUGGUACGCACUCGUGCACUUGCCAGCUGCUGGGUGGAGAGGCUUGCAAGAACCCUAUAUCCCAUAACACUGUGCAUUGCAACCUUCAAUUGCUUCUUUGACCCGGUGGUCUACUACUUUACCUCUGAGUCCUUCCAGAAAUCACUGACUACUGGGAAGAAUCAAGCUAUGCAGGAAGAUGGAUUGCCGAGUGAAUGCCCUUUGUCUAACAAGGAGAAGACAGAUGUAGCUGAUCUCUACACACUGACAAGAAAUGGAAAAAAUCAAGUUGGUGAGACUCAGUUCUGACCUAUACAUUUCUAUUCUUCAAAUGCUAUGCUAAAGAAAAUGAUUGGUAUUUGGACUGUUUCAGUGAAACCCUUUCACAGAGCAACAGGUUUACUGGUUUAAUAGUUUCUUUUCUGUCCAUCAAUUUGUAUUAACUACUUAAAACAUACCUUCACAGAGCCAGUUGUAUAACUUACACUGAUAUGUCAGUGUGCUAAUCAGUGUCACUUUAUUUAAUCAAUGAGUGUUACCAGUUUGUCACAACCAGCGAUCGCUGGUUCUCACAACAAACCAUGGACUACACUUCCGCCUUUUC